AUGCUGUUGUCGUCGUGGCUCAACGCUCUUCUUGUGUUCAUACCCAUUGGUGCUGCGACAUAUCUGACCAAGUCGCACCCACUGCUAGUGUUCUGCUGCAAUGCUCUCGCGAUCGUGCCUCUGUCUGCCUUGUUAACAGAGGCGAUAGAAUUGAUUGCCACCGAAGUAGGAGAUGCUAUCGGGGCGUUGUUGAACAUUAGUUUCGGCAACAUUGUCGAACUGAUAUUAUUGAUUGCUCUGGCCAACAAUCAAGUUCGUAUCGUCCAGGCUUCAAUUCUUGGCUCGAUACUCGUCAACUUGCUAUUGAUCCUCGGAUCUGCGCUGUUGGCAAGCGACAUAGCUCAUCUUGAUCCGAUCUACAAUGCUGGCGAGGCCCAGUUACUCGCUUGCUUGCUCUUUGUCUCUGUCUUCGUUAUCUUGAUACCUACCGCAUUCGUGUAUACUGUCGGCGGUCUGAGUGAUGGAAGCGGAGCGACUCUGAAAAUGAGCCGUAUCUCAGCACUGAUGGUACUGCUCAUCUACAUAUUGUACUUUAUGCACGAGAUCAGAUCACGCCAGAAAGACGAAAGAGCCAUCACCCCGCUGGACAUUGAAAGCAGACCAACACUCGGUGGACCUUUUCAUCAACGAAGUGCAUCAGGCUCGCAAAUUUUGCCAUCACGGACGAUACGUUUUGCAGAUGAAGAUGAUGAGAACAUUGGUGGAAGUUUUGCGACCCACGCCACGGAUAUGGAAAUCAACAGUUCCAUGGGAGACGAUAACAAUGCCGACUUCUUGGAGCAUCGCGGACGUCGUGGAGACGUGGGGAACACUCCCAGUGUUUACCAGCAAUUUCCACAUCGAUACACACAUUCCCGCUCUCGCUCACAUGGCUCCAGUCGAGGGCACUAUAGUAGAGAUUCCUCCAUCAGUGGAGACAGGCGAGGGUUUACUCUGACACUGCAAUUGUUGAGGGAAUCUCGUACUAGCAUGGAUCAGUCUAUCGAUUCUUCGGUGCACGAUCUGCAGGACCCUACAAGUUACAGGACGUCCUCUGUGCUUGUGCUCAUAUGCACCUCUGUGCUCAUGUCGAUGUGUGCCGAGUUUUUGGUCAGCACACUUGAUGAGAUUACACAUGAAGACGGUCUGUCUGAAGCCUUCAUCGGCCUAAUCAUUCUUCCCAUCGUGGGAAACGUUGCUGAGUAUCUCACUGUUGUGAUUGUCGCAGCAAGAGGCAAACUGGACCUGGCAAUCGCUGUUGCAGUUGGCUCAUCUAUCCAAAUCGCUCUCUGCGUCACUCCAUUGACAAUCAUGGCAGGAUGGGCACUCCAGAAAGACUUGGAAUUGACUUUUGAUCCUUUUGAAAUGGCCACACUUGUUGGGGCUGUUCUGUUGGUAAACUUGUUAAUCCUCAGUGAGCAGAGCUCAAGCUUGCGCACAACUGGAUUGAAAGGAGCAUUAAUUUGUGCAUGCUAUUUAAUAUUCAGGUGA